GGGCGGCCGCGGCCUGCGCAGGGGACAGACCUGGCAGUGCGGGCAGGAAGCGCCGGCGGCUGGGCCUGGGUAUCUUGGGCUGUGCUUCCUGUCGUUAAACCACGAGCAGGGGAGCAGAUGCGCCAGAGAUGGCAGCGCCGCCUGCCCCAGGCAGCCAUUGUGCAACCAACUGUCUCCUCAGCGCCACGCUCUGCGCCCGUGCGCCCAGGGCCUUGCUGUCCCUGCCAGCCCCUUCUUCAGGCAUCUGAGAUGGUAAAGGCUAUCGAGGCGGGAAGAACAACUCAGGAAAGGAUUUGCCUUGGUUUGUUUUGCUUUGAGAAGAGAAGAACCCAGGAACACUGAUGAUCUAAGAAACACAAACAUUGAUACUUGAUCCAUUUUGUGAACCUGCCUUUCUGCCCAGCUGGACCUCAGUGAAGCUCUCUGUUCUUUCACAUUCAAGACCAUUUUUCUUUGUAUGUGGAGCUGAGACCUGGGAAUGCGUUAUUAUGGCAGCAGUUGUACAGCAGAAUGAGCUUGUGUUUGAAUUUGCCAGCAACGUCAUGGAGGAUGAGCAGCAGCUUGGUGAUCCAUCUAUUUUCCCUGCUGUCAUCGUGGAGCAUGUUCCUAGUGCAGAACUCCUACAUAACUACUCUGGCUUAACCUGCGUGGAUGAACCUAGUGACAUGAUCACUGAGAACUCUCUGGAUGUUGCAGAAGAGCAAAUCAUAGAAGAUGAUGAUAUCACCCUCACAGUUGAAGCAUCUUGUCAUGAUGGAGAUGAAACAAUGGAAACAAUUGAGGCUGCUGAAGCACUUCUUAAUAUGGAUUCCCCUGAUCCUAUGUUGGAUGAAAAAAGAAUGACAGCUAUGUUUGGUGCAACUGAAGAGGAAGAAAUGGUGCCUCCUAUCACACACGUGUCAGUCACGCUCGAUGGGAUCCCUGAGGUGGUGGAAGUUCACCAAGCCCCAGACCCUUAUGCUGAGUCACCAGAGACUCCAGAAUUUGAACAACCAAAGAAGAAAAAAGGGAAGAAACCAAAACCGUCUCGUUCUGAGUCCCCUACUACAACUCCAAACAUAUCUGUGAAAAAGAAAAACAAAGAUGGAAAGGGAAAUACAAUUUAUCUCUGGGAGUUCUUACUAGCACUGCUCCAGGACAAAGCUACAUGUCCUAAAUAUAUCAAAUGGACUCAAAGAGAGAAGGGCAUUUUCAAACUGGUGGAUUCCAAAGCUGUGUCCAGGUUGUGGGGAAAACACAAAAACAAACCUGACAUGAAUUAUGAAACAAUGGGUAGAGCUCUCAGAUACUAUUACCAAAGGGGAAUCCUUGCUAAAGUAGAAGGUCAGCGCCUGGUGUAUCAAUUUAAAGACAUGCCAAAAGAUCUCAUCUAUAUUGAUGAUGAAGAUGCCAGCCCUAGCACUGAAUCAUCAGAUUCAACUCUGCUCUCACCUGCUGUGGCCAACAGAAACCAACCAAGCAGAACUAGAGCGUCUGCAAAUGCAGGAACAAAGGGAGGAUCAGCCUCAGUGGUAAAAACAGGAAACUCAAAGCCUGCUAAGCUGAAGGAGCAAGUAGAAGUUGUACAGCAGCAGACACCUGGCUUGAGUUCAGAAGUUUUGAGGACAAUGCAAUCUCCACAGCCAGUACAACCUGCUCAGCUUUUUCGGACAGUUCAUGUAAUGCAGCCAUUGCAGCCCCUCACAGAAGGACAAGCAGCUGUAACCAGUAAUGUUCCAGAUGAAUCGCUAAAUUCCUCAGUGCAGAAUAUAAGCAGGACUUUGCAGACUCCAACCCAGGUUCCAGUGGUUGUUUCGCCUGGAAAUCAGCAGCUGCAUACUGUAACACUCCAGACAGUGCCUCUUACCACAGUGAUAGCCAGCACAGAUCCAGCCUCAGUAACAACAGCGCAGAAAUUCAUUUUACAAGCCAUUCCUACUUCCCAGCCCAUGACGGUUCUUAAAGAAAACAUCAUGCUACAGUCUCAGAAGCCAGUCUCACCUCCUUCCUCGAUUGUGCUGAGCCCAGCACAAGUUCAGCAGGUGCUCACCAGCAGCGUGCAGACAAUUUGCAAUGGAACAGUCAACAUGGCUUCAUCUCCAUCCUUCAGCUCCAGCAACCCCGUGGUGACGUUCUCGCCCAGCAGCUCACAGGUGGUGUCUCAGCCCUCGGGCACGGUGAUCACGUCGGUCAUUAAAGCACCGGACACGAAGCAGGUUGGCCUACAAGAAGAGGAGAAGGAGGAGAGUGACAAAGUAGAAGAUACUGAGCAGUCGGAGCAGAGAUUCCAGCAGCAACCAUUUGUGAUGGUAGUGUCCAGUUCAAAUAAUUUCCCAUCUAACGUGCAAGUGAAGCAAGAAAAUGAACCAUUGGAACCCAAUUUGUAUUGAUAAUUUAAAAAAAAAAGACCCUGUGGAUGAUUAUUUUCAUAAAUGUGAUGGGACCUUUUCAGUUAUGUAUAUAUUAUUUGAUUCUGAAGCAUGAUGUUGCAAAGCUACUAAAUUUCUGCAGUUAAUUUUUAGAAUUCAUGCUUUAGGAUGGAUUUUGAUUUUCUGUUAAUUGCUAAAUGUUAUCAUAUAAAUAAAAUUAUAUAUUACUCAUUUUUCAAAGUACAGGCAUGAAGGAACAUGCUUUUUAUGCUAUGAAGACUUUCUCCUGAGGUUGUUGGCCAAAGUUUCAAACUUCCCUUAUUUUGUUGUCAGUCUGUUGCUGAUUUACAUUGCAGUAAUGUUAUUGUAACCUUUUCUGUUCAAUCUGUAUGUGUAUCACCUUUGGAAGCAGCAGUUAGUUUUAGUAAGACAGUUUCAUUCCAUGUGUUUGAAUUUUUAUGAUCGAGUAUCUGUUUCAUAUCAGUGAAUGACAUCAGUUUUCGACUUUGAUAACCAGGUAUCCUCUUGUAUUUUUUGCAGCACAAGCUCUUGUGUGUGCAAAACUGAAUAUACACUCCUAUUGAGAGUACUCAAAACAUAUAUUCCAGAAAUGACAAUGCCAUGCCUAUAUUUUAUAUGAAAACAUCAGAUGUAUUUAAUUACAGAAGCUAACGGCAUCACUACAGGUGCAAAUGUUUCAUGCCAUUUUGCGACUAUGAAGCUUAACAAUCUUGCUUUCUACUUCAGAUUAUUUUGUAAGGGGGGAGGGAAAUUAAAUAUAUACGAUUUAUGCAGGUUUUUGGAGAUUAAUACUGCUAAGAGUUCUUGGUUUUCGAUUGUAAAUACUGUAUAUUCAAUGUUGCAGGGAAGUUUUUUCAGCUAAAUUUUUUCCAUACAAAUUUUUGAUAGAUGCAAAUAAGAUCAAUAAGAUUGUUAUGUUUAGAGGUCUAAUGUUAUAUGUAUUCAUAUUACUGAGUGACUUUGUAUUUAAAGACAAAUUUUUAAAUGAUGGAGCCCAUUGAACCUUGGGUCCUUCUUUUGUAUUUUAAUUGGUUUAUUAUGAAAAUAAAUCAAAUGGAAAACCA